GUAGUGGGGCGGGGGGAAGAAGCCAAGUCUGUAAUCCCGGUUUGUACAUGUCUCUUUCCUUUUUGGGGGGCUGUGCAUCUACAGGCGAGCAAGACGGGACUCUAUACAUUUGCUGCACCAGUCACUGUUUUCCCUAUUGGGAAGACACCCGGUUAUUAAUGCUACUCGGUUGCACGAGCGGGGCUUUUUACCCCCAGCUAACUCCCUGGCAGCCGCUGAAUAACCAUAGAAAAAACUCUUGAGCCCUCUAAUUACGAGUUCUUUGGACGAAGAAAAUUUUUUUUUAAUCAUUAUUACCAGUUUCGCUUGCCGACGUGGGCAUUUUCAUUUUUUUAGUGGGUUUUUGUGUGUCUAUCUUCAAGAUUUUUUUUAGUAGUGGGCGUGCUGCUUCUGCCGAGACACCUCGAGUACAGUAUUAGGAGAGAGUGAAAGACGGGGGAAAAAAACCACCCACUUGUGAACGCCAGGGUGGGGGAAGAGGUGGAAAAGAGAGAGAGAGAGAGAACUGGGAUUGGCGGCUGUUUUGUUUUUUAUUUGCUUUUAAAAAAGAAGAAAGGCACUCUUUCCACUUAGAGCCGGGAGUCUGCUCUUAAACUCGCGGUGCAAAGUUGCGGCGAGAGGCGUGCGCAAGUGUUGGAAGAGGCAAACGCGGUGUGGAGCUACAACUACUUCCCGGAGGGAGUCGUGCCUUAAGUAACGGGGGACUGACGAAGCGCUGGCCAAAGGGGGCUUGGAGGGCUCCGACUGACCGGCAAAGUUGAGGGUCUUGUUUCAAGCGGGUGGCCAAGCUGAGCCCCACCGACUUCCCCGCAGCCGCUGCGGCGCGCGCCGACCCCCCAAAAUGGUGCAACAGACGAACAACGCGGAGAACACGGAAGCCCUCCUGGCCGGCGAGAGCUCGGACUCCGGGGCCGGCAUCGAGCUGGGCAUCGCUUCUUCUCCCACUCCGGGCUCGACCGCUUCGACGGGGGGCAAAGCGGACGAUCCGAGCUGGUGCAAGACGCCCAGCGGGCACAUCAAGCGGCCCAUGAACGCCUUCAUGGUGUGGUCUCAGAUCGAGCGGCGGAAGAUCAUGGAGCAGUCCCCGGACAUGCACAACGCGGAGAUCUCCAAGCGCCUGGGCAAGCGGUGGAAGCUGCUCAAGGACAGCGACAAGAUCCCUUUCAUCCGGGAGGCGGAGCGGCUGCGCCUCAAGCACAUGGCGGACUACCCCGACUAUAAGUACCGACCAAGGAAGAAGGUGAAAUCGGGCACGAACUCUGGGAAGCCGGGUGAGAAGAGCGGGGGUGGAGGGAGUGGCGGCGGCGGCGGCAAUCAGGGAGCAGCCGCCUCCGCUGCUGUUUCCAACUCUUCCAAGCUUGCCCAGAAAAAGGGCAGCGCCGCCAAACUCUCUCCCAGUGGCGCCGGCAAGCCGCAUCCCAAACUCAGCCCGAGUGGAGGAGGCGGCGGCGGCACGAAAGCUCCGUCCUCUUUUCCAUCGGACCAGCCGGCUGCCCUCCUGCCCCCGGAGCACCAUUCUCUCUACAAAUCCCGCGCCGCCUCGCCGGGCUCCUCCUCGCCCUGCAGCAGCAGCAGCAGCAGCAGCCACAGCAGCCGACAUCUCCCCGAGAAGAAGGCCAAGCGGCUCUACCUCUUCUCCCACUCGUCGCCCGGCGGCGCCGUUCCGGCCAGCCCGACCCUCAGCACUUCCACAGAAGCCAGCGACCCGCUGAGCCUCUACGACGAAGUAGCGGCCGUGGGCGGGCGGCAGGACGGGGGCGAGCCCUCCGCUUCCCCCGUGGGCGACUGCUCCCCGUCGGACCACCGAAGCUACACCAGCCUGCGGGCGCCGUCGCCGACGCCUUCGACCUCGCACUCUUCGUCGGCUUCCUCCUCCUCCGCCUCCUGCGCUUCCUCCUCCUCGGACGACGAGUUCGAAGACGACCUGUUGGACCUCAACCCCAGCCCGGGCUUCGACAGCAUGGCCCUGGGGAGUUUGAGCUCCUCGGUCCUCGACAGGGAUCUGGAUUUUAACUUGGAGCCUGGCUCGGGCUCUCACUUUGAAUUCCCAGACUAUUGUACCCCGGAGGUAAGUGAGAUGAUCUCGGGAGACUGGCUCGAAUCCAGCAUUUCCAACUUGGUAUUUACGUACUGAGUUGGCGGGGGGGACCGAAGGAUGAAGAGGAGAGCAAACGGCGCGCUUUGGGGGGGUGGCGGGGAGGAAGGAGAGAGAGACGCGGACAUGGCGUUCAACCCCCAGGCGCGCUGCAAAACUGGAGAGCGAGCAUUUCACCCACGGUUGAGGAUGGUCCCCCGCCCCCCGUUACCGAAACUGACUUGAGGGGGUGUGUGCGCGCGUGGUUCUUACUUCGCUAACGCUGCAAAAGGGACCAACGCGCUCUCCACCGAGAAAGCUACCGCAGAAAUAACACCGGACUAAAAAUCGAUCCCCACCCCCUUUUUCUUCGUUCACGUUUCAUCCUCCUUUUGCAGCCGAAGAAUGAGAAGCACGUUUCAGACUCUGGUGAGAAUCUAGUGGCUUAAACAGGAAUGACAACUACAAGCAGCAGGGGGGGUGGAAUUCGUGCACAUCUUUGCUUGUUGGAUUGGAGGGAGGGGGAGAGAGUAGAUUCUGCUAUGUGUAUUAGGUUGUGUAUUAUGGGUUAGGAGCGAAAGCUCGGGUGCUUCAAAACAAAUGUGCAGAGCUGCAGUCAAUUUGCAUUUUUUGGAAGG